UACAAAACCAGUCUACCAAACCAGGAAGAUGUGAGUAAGAUGGCGCAGGCAAAUCGACCAAAAUCCAACAACAAUCAAGCAAUGAACCUGUCGGGAGGAAUUCUUGGUGUUUUACAGGGAGUAUUCACACCAAGUAGACUUGUGGUCGAUAAAAAGACAAUAGAAAAGUCAUGGAAGUUAAUGGACAAAGUGGUAAAAAUGUGUCAACAUCAUCGAAUGAAUUUGAGAAACAGUCCACCUUUCAUUUUGGAUAUUUUGCCAGACACUUAUCAGCAUCUUAGGCUUAUAUAUAACAAACAUGACGACAAACUACAUACUCUCAAUGAAUGCGAAUAUUUCCGGAUAUUCAUAGAAAACUUGAUGAACAAGUGUAAAAACACUAUAAAAUUGUUCAAGGAAGGGAAGGAAAAGAUGUUUGACGAAUCGUCACACUACAGACGAAAUUUGACUAAAUUGAGUCUAGUGUUUUCACACAUGCUAGCGGAAUUAAAAGCAAUAUAUCCGAACGGCUCGUUUGCGGGUGAAAACUUCAGAAUCACAAAAGGAGAUGCGGCAGAUUGGUGGAAAAAGUCAUUUGGUGAAAGGACCAUAGUACCAUGGCGUAACUUCCGCCAGACGCUGAACGAGGUUCACAACAUCAGUUCACCUCUAGAGGCGAUGGCCUUGAAAUCAACAAUAGAUCUUACCUGCAACGACUACAUCUCCUGUUUUGAGUUUGACGUAUUUUCAAGGCUGUUUCAACCCUGGUGCAACCUGCUUCGUAACUGGAAUGUUCUUGCCGUUACCCAUCCAGGCUACGUUGCUUUCCUGACGUACGAUGAAGUGAAGGCUCGGUUACAGAAAUAUGCUACAAAACCCGGCAGCUAUGUUUUCCGUCUGAGCUGUACCCGUCUAGGCCAGUGGGCGAUAGGCUACGUAACAUCAGACGCACAAAUUCUUCAGACAAUCCCACAGAACAAAUCCCUCUGUCAGGCACUGCUGGAUGGCCAGAGGGAAGGCUUUUUUCUGUACCCAGAUGGUCGGUCAAUCAACCCCGACCUGAGUUACCUGGUACAGGACUCUCAGGAAGAUCAUAUCAAGGUUACCCAAGAGCAGUAUGAGCUGUAUUGCGAGAUGGGCUCGACGUUUCAGCUGUGUAAAAUCUGCGCUGAAAACGACAAGGACAUUAAAAUAGAACCCUGUGGCCACCUUUUAUGUACACCUUGUCUUAACCAAUGGCAGAACUCAGAAGGCCAAGGGUGCCCGUUUUGUCGGUGCGAAAUCAAGGGUACAGAGUCUGUAGUGGUUGAUCCGUUUGACCCCCGGCUCACUGCAAGCAGGCUUGAUUGUUCAGGAGUAGGUAUUAGUAGCAGUUCCUACAGUUCCGUAACAAACAACACUGAACACGAGGAGUCUGAUACAAUGGAAUCUAAAUCAACCCUAUUUGACUCUCCGGACUUGCGACGCCACGAUCUUCCGCCCCCCGUACCUCCGAGACGAGUCUCGCCCAACCCAUCACCCAACGUGUCACCUAAUUCCUCACCCAAGCUUCCAAGACGGCAAUUACCACCAACACCUAAUUUGGCUGAUAAUAAGACUCAACAGCCUGACCCAACAAUGACUGCGGUGCAGAAAACAGCUGUCGAGAAACACUCGGACACAGGCGUCUCCUACGCAGAACUCCGCUACGAGGUUCCCGCCCUGGGCGGAUCCAGCAAGCCGGAGAGGAUGGACACAGGAGGUGGUAACUCUGCCCCUAACCACGCCCCUAACUCUGGUGACCAAUCAAACAUGAGCACAAUGCAAGGAGGAACUAUUUUCUCUGUGACAGGAAAUAGCCGUGCCCCGCUACAUCGCGUACCCAGUGAGUACGAUGUUCCCCCAUUACCAGCCCCCAGAGGACGCAAUACACCAACACUUGACUCCAGUAAAAAUCAUGAGGCAGGCAGUUCAGGAGAUAUUCCCUUGCCGGCUCGAAGAGACAGAUUGCGUGAAAAUCAGGAUAUAAACAAGGAGAAUAGUUAUGACAGUAUUAACGAAGACCAUGUAGAGGAACUCACGAAAAAAGGUUACAAUCGUAUGAAAGUGCUCGAAGCGUUACGAGUUGCGAAAAAUAAUAUUACCAUGGCAGAAGAAAUUCUAGAGACAUUUGUCAAAACUAUGUAGCAAUGGUGUGAAUAUGUUGUUUUUUGUGGAUGUUUGAAAUUCAAAUGGUGGGACGAAUGCGAUAUAUUGCCGAAUGACAUUUGGUUUAUUAAUUGUUAUUUGUUCUCUACCUGCAUUAAAAUACAUAAUUUCUUGUUUGAUUUCUUUUGAUGAUUGUGGUCAGUAGAUAUAAGUUAUGUGUAUAGUAUGUUUCUUGUUACAAUCACAUAUUAAAGGAGCUAGACACCAGAUGAUACCAUAGCAAAAAAAAAAAAAAAUUCAAAAACUUACAACGCAUUGAAUCUUAUGUAUUACUUUGCUUAUGACACAGGUAUCUUUCGCAUUUUGGCAGGUUUUCCAGUUCGAAGUUUACUGGGUUUGUCUACCGCAUAAAUUUAAAAAUAGGGUACUAAUCAUGAUCUUCACUAAUCAUGUGACUUUCACAUGCUUAAUAUCCACACUAUGAAAUAGGAAAGCAUUACGCGCUAUUUUUAAAUGGGUAAACUUAGUUCAGUCAGCGACAAAAUAUUAUUUUAAUCAUAUAAAAUGAUGUAUUAUCAGCCUCAUACUUGUUUUGAAAAUUCUAGGCUUGUUUUGAGGAAAUACUACAUACAUGUAUGCUGAUUUUGGGACCAUCUGGUGUGUAGUCCCUUUAAUAUCGGAGAAUUAUCCAAUUGCCAAAAGAGUUUAAAAGGGUGAGAGUGGUCUAGUGGUAUAGGUGUCCGGACCUCAUCCAAGAGGUUAUGGGUUCCAUCCCAAUCAAGGGUUUCUUCUCACGGCCUCUCAAAAUGGACACUGGUAGUGGUUUCUUACCCAGGAAACAGACUUGACCAUGACUCUAUAAGCUGUCAGCUUUUGUCAUAAUUGAGCUUAAAGAAAUUAUUACAAAUUCUGUCAUAAAUUAUUAAUAAAUAUUUAGAGAAAAUGACUUUUCCUUUUGUGCACAUUAAAAUGUUAAUUUUGAACGUUAUUUGAAGCUAUGAAAGUCUAUUAGAGCAUUUUGGAUGACCAUAAUUCAAAUAAUUGCAGACAAAAUAUGGAAGGCAUUGCUAUCAAAAUGUUAAAUAUUUCUAUUUUAAUACAUAUUAGUAAUUAGUUACUAUUAGUUAUAUAUAUAUACAUCUAUUUCCUUAGUUGUUGGUCAUUUUAAUUUAUCAGUACAAAUCAGAAAUAACUUGGUAUGUAUUGAUUUGUUGAUUGUCAAACUCACAUUUUCUGAAAAUAAGUUAGAUUGAAUGUUGAUAUGUAUUACUUAUAUGUUGGAUUUUCAAAUUCAAGAUUUACAGUAAAAUUGCUCAUUUAAUGUAAAUGGAAUCCACAUAAUUGAGAAAUUCUACAAAAAGUGAUUUGCAGGAAAAUAAAAAAAAACCAAGAUACGAAACAGAUAGGAAUAUACUAAAAAACAACAACUCUGGUACACUGUUUUGAACAUUAACUCAAGUUUUGUAGUAACACUUACUGGAGAUCAAUGUACAAUGAUUUUUUAAAUGUUGACUUUCAAUUGUUGUUGUUUUUCAAGCUUACAUGUAGUUACAGAGAUAAUUUCCAUAUAAGUCAUUUAUAUUAUUUUAUAGGUUAGGCAUAAAAAGACAUAUGUCUGUUUCCAGUUUAGGAAACUUUCCUGACCUUUUUUUGCCCCAUCCCUAAACCUUUCUUUUACCUUAAGAAAUAAUGUUUUUGUAAUCAUUGUUUAAUUUUUUUUCUUUUAAAAGUUAAAAAUGAAGUGUUUUGGCUUUUAACAAUACCAGUAAUGCUAAUACUGAUAAUUUGGAUCUGUUAAGCAUAUAAUUUAUAGUUUUUUGGUAACAUCAAAAUCUCAAGAAACAAUUUGCCUAAUAAAAAAAUAAAAUCCGACCUACAUACCUUGUUUUUUGGGGGGUAUGAAAUUAGAAACCAAAACUUUAUUUUUUACGCCAUAGUUCAAGGCAUAACCGGGUAUUGUUUGAAAUGUUUUGGUAAGAACUUUGUGAUUUAUUAUUUAUAAGAUAAUUCACAAGUACAAUGUAUAUCCUAAGUUAUACAUGUACCUGUAUAUUCAUUUAAAAUGAUUGGAAAACAGUGACAAGUUGGCCUAAUGUAAUUGUAAUUAGAACUAGUAGUAUAGUUGUUCCCGUUAUUUUGAUUAGAGAACUAUCUUGUAAUUCUUGUGUAUUUUUUGUGUGUUUUUUUUUCAGGAAUUUUAUUCGUAAAUAGUGCUUCAAUGGUCUGCUGAGCAGUACCUAUAUAUUUUGUGAUAUGUUUUUUCGUUUAACUCUUGAGUGAAAAUGGGUAUUAGGUCAACACAAACAAUAAUAUAUAUAGAUACUCUGUUUGUUUAAAGCUGCUCUCUUACAGAUUCACGGUUUUGACAAAAAAAAUAAAUUUUUGUCUUGGAAUGAGCCAAUUUUUGCGUAAAAGUCGGGCUGACUAAAGCUUCGAUCGCAGUUGUUUAUAAUUAUGUAUGGUCGAAAAUUGACGUUUUAUGGCUAAAAGAGUUAUUAAAACCUUAAGAAUAUUGCAAUUUUCGGACGUUUUUCGAACAGUUCAGAUCUGUUCUAUUGUGAGUUAUCUUAUAUGAUUAUAAAGUUUACUAGUUGCUUUUGGUUGCUACUUUAUUUAUUUUUAGUAUUGACACUCUAGGUUGCUUCAGAUUCAAAGUAAGCAGAGCUUUCAAAAGAGCUUCUUAAAAGCAAGUUUUUCUUCUGCGGUAGGGUUGAUACCCAUUUGGGGCCUUAAGUGCCCCAUCAAAGCCCAUCACUGAAAUGAUUUAAUCCCAUCAGCUGUUUGGUCAAUCACAUUCCUGAUUAUUGAGUCUUACUGUUCUAGUUUGAGUGGUAUAACAUUACCUUAUUGCUGAUGCAAAUUGCAAUGUGGAUUUGCUUUGUUUAAAAAAAUUGCAAAUGGUAGUAUGUUAGGUUAUAGCACUAGCUGUUAUUGUGUCAAAAUGUUUUAAUAUAAGACUUGAAUGACCAUAAAUACAGUCAUUAGAGAUCAUCAAUUUGUUUUUAGAUGAGUUUUGGUUUCAAAUAGUUUGUGUUAGCCCUAAUACUCAUUGCACUAAAUGAGUUUAUUUCUGUAAAUAUUUUGUACAUUUUCUGAUAAUCAUUGUAUUCUUUUAAUCGUUUUGUCUGUAUUCAAUAUUUACCUGUUAUAAAGUAAGAUAACAUUGCUCAAUUUAGAUUCAAUUUUUUAUGACAAUGGCAUAACAACUUAAAUAUGUCAUCUACUUAAUGGAUAUGUCAUCUACUUAAAGGAAUUUCAAGCCAACCAUAUUCUCUUUUUAUGUGGAUAUCACUGUUGCUAGGGAUGCCAACGCAAAUUUACAAAAAAAAAGAGGGAAACAAGUAUGAAAUAAUAGGAUCCCCGUCACGCUUUAUUUUAAAAAUCUUUUUUUGUAAAGAUUAGAUGAAAGGCAACAAUUUUAAUUUUAAUGUUUUGUGGCCAAAAAAACAGGAAAUAAGUUGAAAAGAGGAAAAUUGGCAUCCCUGAAUUGUCAGUUGCAUGAUUUUUGCAACAGUCGUUUCAAAUCUGAAUUGGGAUUUCAUUGUUUAAAAUCGUGAGAUGAACUAACGGAACAAGACUACUUUAUGUAAAUAAAAUGUGGCAACAGCUGGUAUCCCUGAAACCGACUGUAACAGAAUUUAUAUGUAAUAAAAAUGUUACUUCAUUAAAGCUGCACUCUCACAGAUUCACCAUUUUUACAACUUUUUUAUUUUUGGUCUUGGAAAUGGCAUUUUUUUUGCGUAAUUAUCUGCGAACCAAUGAUAUAAGAUUGCUGACAAAAACUCAGAUCGCAGAUUUUUAUAUUUAAGUUCAAAAAUUAAUGUUUUAUGGCUUAAACCGUUACUAAUGGUUUAAGAAAAAUGCAUAAAACAUCAAUUUUUGAACUUAAAUAUAAAAAUCUGCGAUCUAAUUUUUUGUCAGGAGUCUUAUAUAUCUGGUUUCCAUGGAUUUUCACAAAAAUUGGUUCAUUCCAAGUCAAAAUUUUAAAAAGUUGUCAAAACGUUCAAUCUGUGAGAAUGCAGCUUUAAAAGACUGACGGUGUGUAACAUAAUUAUCUUAAAAGACAUUGUUUCUUGCCAUGAGUCACUGACUGAAAAUUAAUUUAUCCGUAUGUCAAGCUAUUAAUAGGAAAUGCUCGAUAAAUAUGCUUUGAAAUCACUCAUUUAGCAUUUUGCGAGAGACUGAGAGUUAUGGUCCUUGAUGUUGAGGGAUCCUGUCAACGCUUAUGGGGGAUAUAUAAUUCACUCCUGUGAUAGCUCUGACUGUGUUUUGAAUGGAGUUAUAGGGUUGCAAAUGUUAUAAUCAGUUAUUUUUUAAAAGGAAAGAAGAUUUGACUUGCAUUGUUUUUCAUUAGCAUAUUCUCAUAGUAUAUUUUUUCUAUACCUUUUGAAUGAGAAAACAAUUUGAUGUACUGCAUACUCUUGUUUGAUUAUACGGUUUAGUUUCUUACGAUUAUUAAUCAUUUCAUGACAGAAUUUGUACAAAAUAAUUUAUGACUUUAUAUAAAUAUUGUCUGUACAUAUAUAAAUAGUCUAACUUAUUUCAAAAAGAGAACAUUUUGAUAAUGCCUUUUGUAAAAUGUUUAUAUCAUGUUAUGUCAUUUACUGUUUAUUUGUUAUAGAUAAUGUUUAGUUUAUUAGAGAGAUUUUCAUUCUUUUUGUAUCAUGAUAUACACUAAUCGGAACACCUCCGCCAUUUUCUAUGGAAAUCAACCUCUGAUGUAUAUGGACUGUUUACAAUGUCAGAAAUCUGUGACUACGCUUCAAAUAGAUCGGGAAGUAAUUUCAAUAUAGCAGUUUAACAAAAUGACUUUAAUCUUGGGAAUCUUAAUUAUUUAUGCAAUUAUGCACUUCACCGGCAAUCAAUUUAAACUUAGUAAUACACAAUAAAUGUUAAAACUGUACUAUAAAUUAAUACUAUUUUAAAAAAAUUACGAACUACUUCUACUGAUGUACUGGCAUACAGCCGAGGUUGUUUUCUUUGGAAAAUGGCCAAGGUGUUACAAAUGGAUAUAAGCCUUUGGCCGAUUGUUCAGAAUUUGUUGAAGUUAACAAUGCUGUUUAUGCCAUCGUUGAAAUUUUUUAAAUCAUAACUGUUCUGGAGGUGUGAUCUGCCAUAUUUCUAACAAGAUUUGAGACAAGUGUUUCAGCUGUACUUCUGUAUAUUUAAAUAUGUGAGCACAUCACCAAAUAUUUCAUGACUAAAAGUUAACAACUUUGCUGUUAAUUAUGUUGUUAAACUCCUUCUAUUUUUAAAUGGAGUUACAUCUGUCCCGCUCUGAACCCAGAUUAUUUAAAUAUUCAGUUUACCAUAAUUUUUCAAUGAUUAGAUAAUGGGGUAGCACAUUUUAAACAAAGUGAAAUUGUCUCGAAGCAACAAUUUGUGAAAACAAAAUUAUGGAAAUCAAGCUAUCUACGGCACCAUAUUAAACAUUCAUGAAACAUCAUGUUAACAUUGGCAGAUACCUCUAACUCUUAUUACCCUUAUCUCUAACGAGAUAUUGAAUUUGCAAAUUUUGGUUUUGUUUGCUGGAGUAAGGAAGUUUAAACAUGUUUCUGGUGUCAAGUAUAUACAUGUAACCACCAAAACAGUGUAGAACUGAAAAAAAAAACCUUUUUCCCCACAAAAAGGGCUAGGGUGUCUUCCCCAUUACUGGUAAAAAGGCCCUGCUUUAAUUCAGCAUAAGUAUGGUUGACCUUUUAUGUGAUUGUAGCUUGCGCAAGGAAUCCGCAUUCAUUAAUCCAGCUCAUUUUCAUCAAGUUAACAUAAUUGUUUUUGUUUGAUUACACUCUAAUAGCAAAGAUAGUUUUGCAUUGCAUAAUUGAUUUUAAACUUUGUUGCUUAAUUUCUCAGUAAUUGUUAAUUUCACAGUAAUUUACUGUGCAUGAUGGCCAAUUUGUUUCAAAAUUUUCUAAUUUAUGCUUUAAGACUAUUUCUUUCCAUGUUUGACUACUUAAUUUGACAUUAAAUUGAAUAGGAGAUCAUUUUUGAUUUGAUAUUCAAAAUUGUACAUUAAUUUUAAUCUAUUUAUAAUAAGUCAUUGUUUUCAUGGAUUGAGUAUUUUGGAUUUUGCAAUACAAAUGUUCAUGAACCAAUAAAAAUGUUAAUGAAAUGAAUUUAAAUGUUAAUUAAACAAAACAAAUGUUCAUCAACCCAUUCAAAUGUUCAUGAACCAAUACAAAUGUUCAUAAACUGAAUUCAAAUGUUCAUGAACCAAUACAAAUGUUUCAUGAAUGAAUUUGUUCAUGAACCCAUACAAAUGUUCAUGAAUAUAUAAACAUUUACAAGCCAAUAUAAUUGUUCAUGAAUCAAUGCAAAUGUUCAUGUACCAACAUCUUUUUCAUUAUAACAUAUAUCAUGUCUGUCAUUUUCUGAUGAAAUUCUAAUAAAUAAUGUAUAUUCUUAAGUGUUAAAUUUUGUUCUUCUCUGAUAAAUUGUCUUUGAAAUUAUACUUGUAUUUGUCGAUAACUCUGACAGAUUACUCUAUAUGAGCCUUUUAAUAAAAUGUAUAAAUUUAA